CCGGCGCCUUUUGAGACUAAACAUGACUUGUUACGCAAAGAUCGGCUGUGAUUUUCUCUACAUUUAUGUAGAGUAGUAAUGAAGUUCGUUAACGCGGUUACCAGUCAUAUUUCGCGUCGAACGUGCGCUUGUAAUUACGAAUGCUACGGACUGUUAAACGACAGAAAAGUUCUCUCGAGCACGGUACGCCGAGGAAAAUAGGAUACGCGGCGCACGAAUCUAAAUCAUAAUAGCCAGCGUAGCAGCGCGUUGUUAAAAGUGCAGAUGAAGUUUGCUGCUCGCGCCCAAGAAGCAAGAGAGCGCAGUAUUUCUUCCGACGUGGCCAAGUUUACAUAAGUGAAUAUGCAUUAAAUUUUCACGCCAUCGUAAGUAAGAUACAAGUCGCAAGCGGAAUCGAGGUAACAUCGUCGAAAAUGUACGAGACUCUACUUCGACUAUGGCCUCAGUGGAUCACCUCUCUGAUAGUGACCCUGUUAGCCAUCAGCACCGGUCUCGCGAUCGGUUGGACUUCGCCGUACCUGGCCCUAUUAACCAGCGAGGAGUCGCCGUUUGAAAUAACGCAAGAUCAAGCGGCUUGGAUAGCUUCCUUAUUGCCGCUGGGACGUCUAUUCGGCGCCAUCGCCGGUUCCCUUUGCGUAGAGUAUAUCGACAGCAAGAGCGCUGUUCUCUUAACUGGUGUGCCAUUGAUCGUCGGAUGGAGUUGCAUAAUUUGCGCCAAUUCCGCCGUGUUGCUGUACGUCUUCAGGAUACUUUCCGGAGUAUCCAUGGGAAUGAUAUUCAGUUGCUGUCCGCUCUAUAUGGGCGAGAUUUCGGUACCGUCAUUACGUGGGGCCUUAAUGGGUACAGUGAUCAACGGGCUGCCAUUGGGCACUCUCUUCGGCAACAUCAUGGGUCCCAACAUGUCCAUGAUGCUUUUCGGAAUCAUCAGUUUGACAUUAACGAUAUGCUACAUGGGUAUCUUCCUGUUCUUGCCGCGAUCGCCGCAUUAUUUCGUACAGCGCGGUGACAUGGAAAGAGCAAGCGGAGCUAUUCAAUGGUAUAAUCCAAGAUGCGACGCAAGAAGCGAACUGGAGAAGGUGGAACGCUAUAUGAAGUCGUCGUCUAUGAUGACUGUGACGGAACGGUUGAAGCGAAUAAAGGAGCCGAACGUUCGCCGGUCUUUCAUGUUGAUAAUAAUACUGUUCUUAUUCAUGCAACUCAGUGGACUAAACUCCAUUGUUUAUUACAUGGAGAUCAUCGUCAGGCAGGCGAUGGUCACUUCGAUCGCGCCUUCGAACGUAGUAAUGAUCGUUAGUACGGCUGGUAUAAUUUUUGGCUGGAUCGGCGCGUACUCCACCGAUCGUUACGGCCGUAGGAUUCUGAUGACAAUCUCAACCACCUCCGUGACGAUCUCAAUGCUGUUAUUCGCACUGCACUUUUGGCUACUCGAUUAUGACUACGAUCCUAAUAAUUUCGAGUGGCUGAUCAUUUUGUCAUUGUUAAUAUUCACAUUGCUCUAUCUGGGGCUCGUACCGGUGCCCAGCACGAUGCUGGGCGAACUGUUUCCGCCCGACCUGAAGAGUAUGGCCGGAUUCAUCGGUAGUAUCACGUCGGCGGCAUUUGCAUUCGUCUCGAGCAGGACUUUUCAGCCGCUGUUGGAUAUCAUGAAAAUACAGUAUAUCUUCUGCAUCUACGCUCUAGUCAUGGCGGCUUGUCUGAUAUAUUCAUAUAUAAAAAUACCGGAGACAAAAGGAAAAACAUUGCAGGAAAUUCAAGACAUGUUAGCUACAGGAAACAGAGGGACGGCUAGUAGUGAUAUACUAAUGUUCAGUACUCACGAAGCUCAGUCGAAGAGAGCAUUCAGCAGAGUCAGUAUGGAUUAUAAGACAGAAAAAGUGGUAGCCAAGAAAGUCAUGUGGUCUCAGUGGAUUGCUGGUAUCGGAGUGACUCUUCUGUUGCUACAAAUUGGUUUGUCGGUCACUUGGAGCUCGCCAUAUAUUGCUUAUCUGACUUCUCCCGAGUCUCACAUUUCAAUGACGAUGCACGAAGCGUCUUGGGUAGUUUCUCUGUUAAAUUUGGGUCGAUUAGUCGGUGCGAUCUCUGGUUCCGCCGCUGUCAACUAUCUCGGCAGCAAGACAACGAUUCUAGUCACCAGCUUUCCGAUCGGACUAUGCUGGGUUUCCACGAUUGCGGCUAAUCGGGUGGAAUGGCUGUACGCUGCCAGGUCUCUAGCUGGCGUCAGCCUGGGUAUGACGUACAGCAGUUUCUCGCUCUACCUGGGAGAAAUCGCAGAUCCUACCAUUCGCGGAGCUCUGGUCGUUUUAGCUAUGAGCGGACUAACGAUAGGCAAUCUGCUGAUUUCUAUCAUGGGCGCGUACUUAACGAUGGAAGUUUCCGCCACAGUGUGCCUUCUGCUUUGUAUCAUAGUGAUAGCCAUAUUCAUCUGGUUACCAGAAUCUCCGCACCAUCUCGUCAAGACCAAACAAGAUGACAAAGCGCGAUUGUCACUACUCUGGUACCAUCGCGACUGCGACGUGGACAUGGAAUUGCAGUCUUUGAAAAAGUUCGUCGAGAUGAACAACAAUCUGUCCUUCUUGGAUGUUCUCAAGGAAUUCAAAGACCCGCACAUCAAAAAGGCGCUAAUACUCGUAACGGUGCUCUUCAUGUACAGCAUGAUGUGCGGCUUGAACAACGUAGCCUUCUACAUGGAGACCAUCCUGACAAGCGCGCAAGUGACCGUCAUUAAGCCAGCGAUAGUCGUGAUUAUCGUCUCAGCUUUUGGAAUCGCUAGCUCUCUGUUCUCCAUGUUCCUUAUUGAUAGGUUCGGCCGGCGGAUUCUGAUGAUCACUUCCACUCUGCUUUGCGCAAUUUCGGUGAUCUGUCUUGGCAUACACUUCCAACUUCUCGACGCGAGUUACGACGCCGCGGUUUUGCAGGGUUUGCCAAUCUUCGCGACAAUAUUGCUACAGGUUUCUGUCUUCAUGGGUUUGCUCUCGAUACCCAACACGAUAUUAGGCGAGAUCUUCCCAUCGCAUGUGAAAUGCGUGGCCGCAUGUUUCUCUAGCAUCGCCGCUGGAAUCUUCUCUUUCCUGUCCACGGCGACUUAUCAGCCUCUCAUCGACCUGCUCACUGAGAAGUACGUGUUCUUCAUUUACGCGGUGUUACUGCUCACCGCGAUUCCGUACACGCUACUCUGCGUGCCUGAGACAAAAGGCAAAUCGUUGCAGCGGAUCCAAGAGGAACUAACGACAAAGCGUUGAGUCUGCGAUAUUUAGAGCGAAUUGCCGAACGAUUUAGUUAAUUCAUAAUGAGAGGGCACUCGUUUUACUCGCGUUCUUUCGUCGCGGGAAUCUCUUUUACGAUGCGUAAAUGUCUCUGCCCAGGUCACUGUGAUUUAUCGAAUGACUUUGUUCACUAGCAAUAAUUUUACUCAUUCCUAACGAUAAAUGAACGUACUGUGAAAUACAAGCCAGCUAUCGCUGUUGAGAGACAUAUUUAAUGAAUACAAUAGAAUAUAUUACAUUAUAAGACACAAUAUUAUGUAAUGCAAUAUAUUAAAGUAUCGUUUCACUUGUUGUAUGGGUAUGUAUGUUUGAUCUAAAUCAGAGCUCGGAAUUAGUUGCCCAUUUCGGCCGAUUUUUGGGAGCUACGCCUUCUAUCUUCCCCUUGCCGCGAGCGGGCCACGAAAAUAACGGUCGCGGUCAGUCGCGGCUUCAAGCUUGAAGACUCGACCGUCAUUUUUGUGACCCACUCGCGAUAAGGGGAAGAUAGAAGGCGUAGCUUCCGAGAAUCGGCCGAAAUGGGCAACUAAUUCCGAGCACUGAUCUAAAUAAAAUAAAGUGUGAAUUUAUAUAUCAAGAAGAUGAAAUCAGAGGUGAGAUGUCUAGAUUUCACACACAUACACAUGUAGCCUAUAUUGUUAAAAUUAUUCAAUUACGAUACCAGCGUCGGCAAAAAGCCGCAUUAUGCUAGUCGAUAUCGUAAUAAAGCGAACUGAUAAAAUUAGA